UCAGAGCAGCAAAGCUCAUCAGUUCGACGGAAACUGUCGUGCCGAUAGGAUCGUGCUCCAUUGAAGUAUUUUGGGCCAGUAUCCCAUCAACGUGUUCGUAUGAAUUUAUCACAUUGUGGGGUAAAUUGAGACCCAAAUCGAUUUGCUAUUUGUUGUCACAGUGUGUUUGUGUGAUUGAUUUGUUGGGGGUGAAUUAGAGGAUUACAGUGGAUUUGCAUUGAGGCGUUGUUUGUGGCCAAGGAAGAACUCUCAAGACACCAAGAUCGAAGAACAAAAUAGUGGUAAAAAAAAGUGACAGACUAAUUGUUGAUGGAUUGUUCUUCCAAUUGGAGGCAUUUUUUUGUGAGAAAUAUCUGCUAAUUUUCUGUGAUUGUUUUCUGCUGAUUUCUGGAGGGAUUGGUUUUGUAUUUGUGGCACAAAGAUAUUUUGUGACAAUGUGCAAGAAAGUGCGGUGAUAAAUUCUACAUGACACAAAUGAUAAAUACAAGUUGAUAGUACGGAGUGGAAACAGCAGAGCCAAAACCACAACAGACGAAGGGAAAAUCGAGGAGAAUUCCUUCAUCCGUCAUUGGGAACCGUAGCCAAGAGACAACUCCACGCAAGAUCCCAAAACUUGGAAAUUAUGCAGAGAAAAGCUCCGGGUGUUAAGCAACUUCUCACGAUUUACGUGCAACUGUUGCAAAUAAUUGCCACAAUUACAUUUGGCUGCUCUGGAUUUUGCUACGGUUCAUCUCACAGUGAUUACAGAUUAAUGGUGAGGCACAAUAAAUAUUUAAUAUCUCCAAUGCCGACGGCAGUUCUGUCACUUCCUGAGCACAGUGAUCAAGACAGACCACAUCCGGAUGACACUGGCGGCAACUUAGAAGACUUGUCUGUGGUAAUUGAACAUGACGACACCAACACUCUCGAGGAGUUCUUCAGGCAACCCAUGUCUUUUGGCACCGAGAAUCUCACUCUCAUCACCACCCAAGUAGGAGCUACAGCCCACAUUCCCUGUGUCGUGCACUUCAUCGGAGACGGAGUGGUUUCAUGGAUUCGGAGAAAAGAUUACCAUCUACUAACGGUGGCUCUUACAACUUACAGUAGCGAUGAGCGAUUUAGUGCCACUCACCUCAAAACGUCAGAGGAUUGGACGCUGCAAAUUAAAUUUGUGCAACCGAGAGAUGCUGGAACCUAUGAAUGUCAGGUCUCUUCGACGCAUCCUCCACAAUCGAUAUUUCUGCAUUUAAAUGUCAUUGAAGCUCGUGCAGAAAUUAUUGGACCUACAGUUCGGUAUUUGACCCCAGAUUCCACACUAAGACUGAUUUGUAGGGUAGUUCAGAGUACAGAGACAUCGGAAUUUCUCUUUUGGUACCAGGACGACCGGAUGAUCAAUUACGAUAGUGAUCGUGGUGUUAAUAUUUCAACUGAACCUGAUUACAAUUACUCCGAACUAACAAUCAUGCGAGCCACUAAACAGCACUCUGGAAACUAUAGCUGUGUACCUAGCAAUGCACAACCCGCCAGCGUUACGGUACAUAUCUUCAAAGGCGAUAAUCCCGCUGCUAUGCAUCAUGAUCAUGUGAAUGGGUCUCCAUCGAAUCUACAAAUCAUUCAAAAAUGGCCCAUUUGGGCAUCAACGAUACUUGCAAUGUUAUUUAUUACAAGACACAAUUGGUUACAAAUGGAUGUUUUUCAUACAAGUUGACUCGGGGUGCUACAUGGUGUAAACACCAAAUGGAACUAAUAAAAAUGGUUUUUAUUUUGUUGGAAGAUUUCCACCCCCACAAAAUGGGUGGGUCUUGUGAAAAAUACAUAUAACAUUUAAAAGAAAAAAAAAUAAAAGAAUUUAGGUACCUUAUAAACCACCCAAUGUGUAAAUAUUUUUGUACAGUAAGAUCACUUCAAAUGAGAAAAAAAACUAACUGUGUAUAAUAUUAUAAGAGAUAUGAUGAAAAAUAUUUCAUGUAUAUUUACGACGAAAUGAGAUAAAAUUAAAAGAAUGUGUAUAGAAAAUCAGUCCAAUGAAA